UUUUUUGAAGGAAGCUAUCCGUCCGUAUUGCGGAGUAAUACAUCCGUGUUGUUGCUUAAAGUAGCGCCGGUCAGUUUCUCAGAUCACCUUGAGGAAGCUCGUGCGGCGUUUUGAAGCGCAUCCUUUGGAGCGGACGGUUAUUUUGAUCAGGUCAUCACCAGGCAUCUCUAUUCCCACCAUGUCGGACACUAAGACUCAGGACUUGGGCAAUGCCUUCAUCCAGACGCAGCAGCUGAACGCUGCCAUGGCCGACACCUUCCUGGAGCACAUGUGCCUAUUGGACAUCGACUCCGAGCCCACCACUGCACGCAACACCGGCAUCAUCUGCACCAUCGGACCAGCUUCCCGCUCAGUGGACAUGCUGAAGGAGAUGAUAAAGUCAGGAAUGAACAUUGCUCGAAUGAACUUCUCCCAUGGUUCUCACGAGUAUCAUCGUGAGACCAUAAAGAACGUCCGUGAGGCGUGCGAGAGCUUCCAACCAGGCAGCAUCCACUACAGACCUGUUGGCAUUGCUCUGGAUACUAAGGGCCCAGAGAUCAGAACUGGACUCAUUAAAGGGAGUGGCACCGCUGAGGUGGAGCUGAAGAAGGGUAACCAGAUCAAGGUGACACUGGAUGACUCUUACAUGGAGAACUGUGAUGAGAACGUCCUUUGGCUGGACUACAAGAACAUCACUAAGGUGGUGGAGGUGGGCAGCAAGGUCUACAUUGACGAUGGCCUCAUCUCACUCCAAGUCCAAGAGAUUGGCUCUGACUACCUGAUGUGCGAGAUUGAGAACGGCGGUACGCUGGGCAGCAAGAAGGGCGUCAACCUGCCCGGGGCGGCCGUGGACCUGCCCGCCGUCUCUGAGAAGGACAUUAAGGACCUGCAGUUUGGAGUGGAAAUGGGAGUCGACAUGGUCUUCGCCUCAUUCAUCCGCAAAGCAGCUGAUGUCCAGGAGGUCAGGAAGGUGCUGGGAGAGGAGGGCAAGAACAUUAAGAUUAUCAGCAAGCUGGAGAACCAUGAAGGAGUCCGUAGGUUUGAUGAGAUAAUGGAGGCCAGUGAUGGCAUCAUGGUUGCCCGUGGAGAUCUGGGUAUCGAGAUCCCCACAGAGAAGGUCUUCCUUGCUCAGAAGAUGAUGAUUGGACGCUGCAAUAGAGCUGGAAAGCCAAUCACUUGUGCUACACAGAUGUUGGAGAGCAUGAUUAAGAAGCCCCGUCCCACACGUGCAGAGGGUAGUGACGUGGCUAAUGCUGUUCUGGAUGGAGCUGACUGUAUCAUGUUAAGCGGAGAGACUGCAAAGGGAGACUACCCUCUGGAAGCAGUGCGGACACAGCACAUGAUUGCUCGCGAGGCAGAGGCAGCCAUGUUCCACCGGCAGGUGUUUGAGGACCUGCGCCGCUGCACAGCCUACUCUACCGACCCCGCUGAGGCCAUCGCCGUCGGGGCAGUGGAGGCUUCGUUUAAAAUCCUCGCUUCAGCUUUCAUAGUACUCACUGGUUCCGGCAGGUCUGCUCAUUUGCUUUCCCGGUACCGCCCCCGCGCCCCCAUCAUCGCAGUGACUCGUAACGGGCAGACGGCCCGACAGGCACAUUUGUACCGCGGCAUCUUCCCCGUGUUCUACAAUAACCCUGCUCACGAUGUCUGGGCUGAGGAUGUUGACCUCAGAGUCAACUUUGCUAUGGAUGUCGGCAAGGCUCGAGGGUUCUUCAAGCCCGGCGACGUCGUUAUCGUGCUGACAGGCUGGCGUCCAGGCUCCGGUUACACCAACACCAUGCGUGUGGUUCCAGUGGUGUAGACCUCACGUCUCUUCAUUCCAGUCAUUCUUACUUUUUUUUUUUUUUUUUUUUUUUUCCAGCUCCUUUAUCAUUCAAGCACUUCUAGCAGACUGGCAUUAGCAUGGAUUCCCAGGCUGGGCUUCACCAGUUGUGACCCAUCUUGUCUAAUCCUAGUCAAGUAUUCUUGCUUCCUAUCUGCUAUUUUUGGCACGCGUGUCAGUCCUUAGACCUUUUCAUUUAAACGGCAACUUAUUAUUCCUCACAAGUCAUUUAUCUGUUAGAGCGCAGGGUGAUUGAGGGUGUAGUUCAGAGCUGCUGUACUCCACGUGCAAUCAGUAUUCUUCUAGAACAUUCCCUUUAACCAUAGAACCAACAGUGAAAAAAGGGGGUACAUUUUAGCAGCUUUGGCUUCUCCACCUGCUUUCACCAUGACCAAGUGUAGAGAAAUAUAUUGCCACGUGUUUGUAUUUUAUUUUUUUUCCUCCCUCCCUCUGUCGGUUUAAUUAAUAUGCCCUUCCUCUGGGGCCCUCUGCAUUGCACUCCCACAGCUACUGUAGGCAAUGUUACAUCCUGUAUUAUACUUGACAAUGAGAUGUUUGGGUGUUGGGGAAACCAGCACUUCAUAAUAUAAUAAAUAUAUAUAUAUAUAUAAAGUUUCUCCUAAUCUGAGAAAUUUAGUUAUACAGUUUCCAAAAAGAAUUCGAGAGAGAAAUGAAAGUUCACACCAAUUCCAUCACGCUUUCUCUCCGUCUCGCUCUUGUGCUCACAUUUCGUACUCUCAGCAACUACGUGCAUCAGGCAUCUGUGUGCAGGUCUCGUAUCCACACGCUUCUGAUUGUGAAUGUAGGAUUUAAAGUAUAUGUUUUGUGAUCUCAACUUUACUCUGCAUUGUCAAAGACUGGUUCAGUCGAUUAAAGAGAAGAUUGAAAGAGAA